AUGAGUAACAGUGACAAAACGAAACCGGAUGUUAAUGAAAAAGCGAAGAAAAGAGUGAAGCGGUUGUAUGCGGGGAUAUUUGGAAAUCAAACAGAAGACAAUCCCAUUAAACCCAAACCAAAAGAGAUUGUCGAAAAUCCACAAUCAAAAGAAAAGAAAAUUGAAAAAGUCAACAAGUCGAAUUUUGAAAAAUUUGAAAUUCAAGCCGGAACCUUUGCUCAAGCUUUACAAACCCAAAUCACAACGGAGGCAUCAAAUGUUAAUCUCACUGAAGAGACAGCGCAACGUCUUGCUCUGAUGGAGAUAGAACGUGGAAAAGAUUCCGAGUGGAAGCAAAAGAAUGGGUUCAACCAGUUGUGCAAACAUGAGCGAAGUCGAAGUAACAGUCGGGAACGGAAACGUAAGACGGACUUUGAGCUUCGUCGAACCAGUAGAGAUGUAUCAAGAAAGAAACAUACAAGGCAAUACAUUUAG